AUGCAAGCUGUCAUUUACUCCAUUGAUAAAGGAUCUAAUGAUGUGAGAAAGGAGAGCACUGAGCCAAUUGACAAUAUUGAGGAGCUCAUUGAGGAACUUCCAGAUAACAGCCCUCGCUAUGUCCUCCUAUCAUAUCCUAUCAAGCUUUCGGAUGGCAGAGUGAAGAGCCCAUUUGUUUUGCUUUACUGGAGGCCACCAACGACUGGACAGGAGAACAAAAUGCUUUACGCUGGCGCGGUAGAGCUUUUCAGAGAGAAAGCCGGUGUGGCUAAACUUAUUGAAAUAGAGGAGGAAGAAGACUUUGAGGAUAUUGAGAAAAAAAACGCUCCAGCUUGGUUCAAGCUCUCCUCUGACGAGGUUGUUGAGCAGAUCAUCAAGUACGCCAGAAAGGGUUUGACUCCUUCUCAGAUUGGUGUUAUCUUGAGAGAUGCUCAUGGUGUUUCUCAGGCUAAGGUUGUCACCGGUAACAAGAUCUUGAGAAUCCUCAAGUCUAACGGUUUGGCUCCUGAGAUCCCAGAGGACUUGUACUUCUUGAUUAAGAAGGCUGUCUCUGUCAGAAAGCACUUGGAGAGAAACAGAAAGGACAAGGACUCUAAGUUCAGAUUGAUUUUGAUCGAAUCUAGAAUCCACAGAUUGGCCAGAUACUACAGAACCGUUGCCGUCUUGCCUCCUAACUGGAAGUACGAGUCUGCCACCGCUUCUGCUUUGGUCAACUAA